CUUCACUACGGACAUGGCACCGUUGAAGACGCCGCACGCGGCGGUGCUGCUGACACAGGACAUCCUCGACACGAUCACGUCGUACCAGCAAGGGAUCUGUGCCGAUCUGCGCCCGUUCGUGGGGGCGCAGAAUCCGUCCAGAGAACUCAACAACUUCCUUCAAUUGGUGCCAUGGCACGAGGCGGACAGGAACCUACGAGGUCACCCCUUGGCCUCCUUCCACGACAUCAUUUCACCUUGGUACAAGAAUGCAGGCCACAGCCGUCUUUGCAAACUGCUUGCGUGCUUACCACACAUUUGGGAAGUCGUCGCUGCGCAUGCCGUGUGCACCGGGAACUUGGCAGUCCUCACCCAGCUGCCAACGGAACUGUUGCAAAGCGUGCCGUACUCAUUGACCGAGUUGGCCGCAGCAAGUGGCCACAUCAACGUUGUCGAGUAUCUCGUGGAAAAUUCGGACGAAUGCACAGGAGAGGCCAUGAUCAAAGCCGCACACUAUGGCCAUCUCAACGUCGUUCGCUUCCUCCACGACCGAACAGGCGAUGACUGCGCAUCCGCUGCCAUAGUGUUUGCCGCAAGCCAGGGACACCACGAAGUUGUGAGAUUUCUACACACCCACCGGCCCAACAUCCGGCAGCUCAAACUGGCCAUGUUCAUCGUCGCGCGAACAAACUACGUGGCAAUUGCCGCGUUUGUCUUGGAUGCUUUGGGCAAAAACAGGCACUUCUCAGUAGAAGUGAUGGACGAAGCGGCCCGCCAUGGCCAACUAGCCAUGGUCCAGUUGUUGCAUCAGUACAAACUGAGGUGCUCCGUCGUUGCGAUCGACAGCGCAGCUUCCAAUGGCCAUCUGGAUGUCGUCAAAUGGCUGCAUGUGCAUCGCACGGAAGGCUGCACGGAAAUGGCCAUGGACGGUGCUGCGGUACACGGACAUGCCGAAGUUGUCCAAUAUCUUCAUGCCAAUCGCCAAGAAGGUUGUUCGACUUGGACACUUCGCCGUGCGGCAGAGAGGGGUCACUAGGAUGCCGUGCGAUUUCUCGCUGCGGCAGUGAUGUUCAAUAUGCCCUGGACAUUGCCAUGGAGCAAACCAAAGACCGCAUUCCUCGAUGCCUUGCUUGUCGUGCCACCUUAACAACCAAGCGCAAACAAUACGUCACUCAGUAUGCUCCAGAGAAUGGCCAGCACAAGCCUCGAUUUUUUUCCAUCGAUACAUUUAAACCAUGGAGGCAACCAAGCGCAUUCCGCACAAGUGCUACCGCCUUGUCCAUGGCAGCAGUCGUGCCGUUCAUGUUGCAGUCAUGCCGGAACGGCACCACGGUCAAUUGGCCGUGCUUGCCGCUGAUCGUACACUUGGUCGCCU